AUGGCAGUGACUCGAAGCGGGCCCCGCGGCAGCGGGUUUGGCUGGCGUGGUCGUGGGCGCGGCGGCGGGCGCGGGCGCGGGCGUGGCGGGUUUGGCCGUGGUGGCGGCCGAGGCGGUGGGCGCGGCGGCGCGCACAGCGGAUUCCACAGAAAGCACAAGGAGCUUGUGGUGCCGCACCGGCUCGACGGCUUCUUCAUUGCGCACGGCAAGGACGACAAUCUUGCGACCAAGAGCCUCGUGCCUGGCGAGGAGGUGUACGGCGAGAGGCGGAUCUUGAUCGAGGACGCCGAGGGCGCCAAGACCGAGUACCGCGUGUGGAACCCGUUCCGCUCCAAGAUCGCUUCGGCCAUUUUUUGCGGUGUCGAGAACACGUGGAUCCAGCCUGGCGACAAGGUGCUGUACCUGGGCGCCGCCUCGGGCACCAACGUCUCGCACAUCGCUGACGUUGUCGGGCAUGAGGGCUGCGUCUACGCCGUCGAGUUCUCGCAGAGCUCUGGCGACGAGCUCACCGAGAUGGCUACAAAGUGGACCAACGUCAUUCCCGUCAUCAGCGACGCUCGCCACCCACUCCAGUACCGCAUGCUCGUGGGCAUGGUUGACACUAUCGUUGCCGAUCUCGACCAGCCCGACCAGGCGCGUAUUGUCACCAUCAACGCCCAGUACUUCCUCAAGAGCGGUGGUCACUACAUGGUCGUCAUCAAUGCCGACUGCAUCGACACGACCAUCCCCCCCGAUGCUGUCUUUGCCUCGGAGAUCUCCAAGCUCAAGGAGGCGAACCUCAAGCCGCGCGAGAUGGUCCAGCUUGAGCCCUACAAGCGCAACCAUGCGGUUGUCGUCGUGUUUGCCGAGCCAGUACUCAUCGAGCCGCCCAUUGAGCCGCCCAUCGAGCCGCCCAUUGAGCCGCCCAUCGAGCCGCCCAUCGAGCCGGAUCCCUUCGCGCCAGUGUUUGCCGAGCCAGUACUCAUCGAGCCGCCCAUCGAGCCGGAUCCCUUCGCGCCAGUGUUUGCCGAGCCAGUACUCAUCGAGCCGCCCAUUGAGCCGCCCAUUGAGCCGCCCAUCGAGCCGGAUCCCUUCGCGCCAGUGUUUGCCGAGCCAGUACUCAUCGAGCCGCCCAUCGAGCCGGAUCCCUUCGCGCCAGUGUUUGCCGAGCCAGUGCCCAGCGAACCAGUUUUCAUCAAGGCAGUGCCUGUCCCUGGCGAGGCCACCCAUGAGCUUGCUGCCCUCCACAGUGAGCUGACGGCACUGGCGGCCAAGGAGCGCGAGAUCGGGGGCGCCACAGCCGCGACCAAGAAGGAGCGGGAGGCGCUUAUGGAGCGGUUUCGGAGCACAAAGGCAUUGGUCGAGACCCUCAAGGAUGAGGCGUCGAUAGACAACAAGGCCGACGCCUCGUCGCUGCUGGCGGGAGAGGCCAACGAUGCCGAGGCUGCUGCCGCAAGCGGCCGGUCUUCAAGGCCAGACAAGACGGCGGCAGCGUAUGGAGAGGCGGUCAUUGCCCGGCGCCUGGCGUCGUCGUUCACUGCAGACAUGCUGACCGACAAGGGCGCCGACGUCUCGUUUGACAUGGCCCAGCGCAAGUUUGUCGGCCUCACCUCGGCUUCGCCGUUCCCGGCCACACCGCCGGUCUCGCUCGAUACCCCGCGCCGGGUUGUUGUCGACUACAUCCCACAGAUCCGCAACCAGCUGCAGGAGGCCUUGCGCGAGAAUGUGGCGCUCCGGGAGGAACUCGCCGCUCUCAAGGCCUCUAUGAUCGAAUCCAGACUCUCCGAGUCGUUUGCAAUCCACUCCACACCCGGGCCCGACAGACUCGGCCCACCGCCGCCCACCCCGGGCCUUCCGCCCAUCCUCACCACCGUUGACACCCCGCGUCGCGACACCCCGACCCCAUCCGGCCGCCAAGACACCCCAAUCCCUGACAACGGCACGCCCGACUCGCCGUCGCGGCCAGGCCUCGCCCCGCCGCGUCGCCUCUCGCAGGCCGCAAGUCCCACAAGCCCCACCAGCGCAGCGCCUGUCGCCUCUCUCACCUCCACCGCUCCCUCUGCCACCGCGGCCGCGGCGCCGCCCGUUGUUAUUACCAAGACUUCGAGCCUGGGCGCCUGCCUUGCCGUCCUCAACCUCGUCCUCGCCACCUUCAUCCUCCUCCUUCUCGCCUGCCUCUCCGCCGUGAUCGCUGCGCGGGCACCCGCAACCGCCAUCCUCAUCGCCACCGUCAUCAUUCUUGCCUCGAUCGUCAACAGCACCGCCGCCGAUGACAUCCUUCUGAGCCAUCCCAAGCUGCUGGCGGCCAAUGCGACGUUCAACGCGGCGUUUGGCCUCGCCCGCGAGUCGGCCGGCGAGCACGCCCGGGCCAAGUUUGAGGCUGCGGCUGCAUUUGCUGGCGAAGCUGCAGCUGAUCUCUGUCCGCCGACCCUCUUUGACGAUGACGGCGAGGCCGUCGACGACGAUCCGUGCCUCCUCGCGUCGCAGAUGCACGCCGACGCGCUGCGCAACGCCGCGUUCAUGGCCAACAAGCUCGGCGCCUACGCCGACGCCCGCACGCUGCUUGAUGCUGCCGCCGACGUGGCGUAUGUGCCCGAGACGACGCUCGGCGACAUUGCGCUUGCCCACGCUGUGGUGGCGCAGCGAGUCGGCGACCACGACGCAGCACUGGUCCACCUCGACCUCGGUCGGGCCGGCGCCUCGGUCGCCCCGCACGCCAUCGACGCCUUCCGGGGCGACUCGCUGGCGGCGCUUGGGCGGACCGCUGACGCUGCAGCAGCGUACACGACGGCGUACCACGGCCACCCACGCCGAAUGGCCCUUGACAAGGCCGUCCGCACCCUUCGCAGCCUCGGCGAGUCCGACGCUGCUGGCCAGCUCCUCGCCCACGCCGUCGAGGCCGGCAUCCUCCGGGUUGGCCUGGAAGAGCAGCGGCCGCACGAGCUCGACGGGGCACUUGAGGGCAAGCCCGUGUGGACGCUCGACGAGGCCACGCCCGACGGCUCACUCGCUGCCUUUGUUGCCUCGCAGAUGCCUCUCAUUGUCGACGAGGUCCACGCCGCCCUCGCCGCCGACCCGGAUGCACUGGCAAAGUGGUACGCCGCCACCGGCUCGCAUCUGCUCUACGCCCACGACGCAGCUCUCUACCGAUGCGUCGAUCCGGGCUGUCCUGAGACUCGCUGGCACCAGGUCGGCCUGUGGGAGACCGGGAGCCCCACCGAUGCCGCCUAUGCCUUCCCGCAGACCAUCCAGUCGUUCUUCGACACCCUCAAGCCCGUCCUCUCCUUUGGCCGCGUCCUCUUCUCCGUCCUUGACGCUGGCGUCGACAUUGUGCCGCAUGUCGGCCCCACCAACCGCCGCCUUACUGUCCACUGCGGCGUCGCCAUCCCGGAUGUUGACGGCCUUUACCUCCGCGUCGCCGAUCACAACUUGUCUUGGGCUGACGGUGAGUGCUUUGUCUUUGACGACUCGUUCGAGCACCAAGUCGCAUUUCCGCACCCGCCGUCGGCGUCGACCCCGGCCGCUCCGCGCAUCGUUCUCCUCUUCCACAUCCCCCACCCGGGCAUGUCCGCCAACUAAACCUGCA